AUGGAUUACACAUCAACAGUCAAUGAAAUGAACGGCGAGAUCAAAAAUAUCAAUGUGACGUCCAGAGUGCUAAAAGAAAAUAAUAUGAUUGCCUUAGAUCCACGUACAUCAGGGGUUAAGGAAUGGGAUACUGACUCAGAAAUUCAGAACAUCAUUGAUACAAAAUUUCCUAAAUUUCCAGUUCAAGGGAUUUUAAUCAAGGAUCGCUUUUAUCGUGACCAAAACUUAAAAGAACUUACAUUUUCUAAAAUAAAUAGCAUUGAAACAAGACUUAUGAUCUUACUAUGUUUAUUUGAAGCAAAAGAAUUACAAGAAACUACUGAUCAUGAUCAAUUAACCAGAAUCAAAAUGUUACACCAGAUGGCAAUUCAAAGUCAAAAAGACCAAGGUCUGAUGUUGAUAUUAAUGAUAAGUCUGAAUCUGGAAAGAAACGUCAAAAACAAGAUCAACAAGAAUACAAAUUCUCUUUAUGGUGGUGCAAAAAUAAUAUAUCAAUUAGAUGGUGUUAAAGGGUUUUGGAAAGGUAUUAAACCAAGAAUUAUUUCAAAUGUUCCUUCAACUGCAAUUUGUUGGACUGCUUAUGAAAUGGCAAAGUAUUACUUAACAAGAAAUCAAUCUACAAAUUCACCAAGUCUCAUAUCUCGUCUUGUUCAAUCACAAUCCCAUGAUGUUUCAGAAUCACUAACUUCUAAAGAUGUUUCAACUCCAAAAUCAACAACCUUGGAAAAUUCAACCUUCUACUUCGAUUAUCAAACUUUGAUACGAAUUGCCAAACGUCUGACAUCGUUAAAUAAUUCUACGUCAGAGAUUUACGUUUGCACAGCAAAAGAAUUUAAGGAGAAUUCAUCAGAUUUGAUUGAAUAUGAAGAUCAAGAAGUUCUAGAUACAUUAGAGAAAGAAAAUGCUGAGAUUUUGAUCAAAGUUUAUGAAUAUGGAAAGACAUUUGAUAAUUAUGAAGUUAUUUUUCAAGAAGAGAAUAGUUAUGACCCAAUUUAUGAAGCACAACAAGAAGUUGAUUAUAUUUUUAAAAAUGGUAUUCCAAAUGAAAUUAAGAUUAACAAGCUUUUACGUGAUUAUAAUAAACUUCAUAAAGAUUCCAAGUUCAGAGUUCCUGAAUAUGUGACUUCUGGAAUUUUAAAAGUUGAAAAUCAAAGGAAUAAUACUAAUGUUUAUAAAAGAAAACAUUUCAUUGCUUUCAAGUAUUAUCCAAAUUUACAAACAUUGAAUAAAUCAGAAGAUUUUAAUUAUUUGAAAAACAUCAUUGGUGAAUUACAUUCUAAACUUAAUGUUACACAUGGAGAUUUGAAAAUAGAUAAUGUUUAUAAAACUCCCGCAAAUGAAAUUGUUUUAUUGGAUUUCAAUAUUGGAAAUGUUUUAGAUGAAAUGGAUGAUAAUCAUUUAUUAAAAAAAGCACGAUUAAAAUCAAGAGAUUUGAAAGAUGUUGAUAAAAUGAAGAGUGAAUUUGAUCAUGGAGAAGUCUAUUAG